AUGGCUGCUUCUAGCCCUCCGGCCACCGCAACUUACACGAUCGCAUGGAUCGCUGCACUUCCACACGAGCGGGCUGCUGCACUCGAACUACUCGACGAGGAGCAUCGCCGACCGAAAGACUUCAAGAAGAACCCAUCCGAUGGCAACAGCUACUCAUGGGGACGGAUCGGCGACCUCAACGUCGUUAUAGCGUCGCUGCCAUAUGGUGUCUACGGCACCACUGGCGCCGCGGUCACUGCUGCCCACCUCGUCUCUUCUCUACCACACAUCCGCAUCGGCUUGCUCGUGGGCGUAGGUGCCGGCGUUACAGGAGAGACUCACGAUGAGAGUGGCCACGUCGUGCUCGAACGUGACGUUCUCCUAGGCGAUGUUGUCGUGAGCGAGCCCGAGAAUGGAAACGGCGGUGUUGUCCUUCACGAUGUUAUCAAAGCAAAGGUGGUUGACGGCAAGAAUAGGACUCUUCUGAAUGGGCACCUGAAUCAACCUCCAGAUGCUUUCUUACAUGCACUGGGAGCGCUGCGGGCGCAACACCUUCGCCGACGCUCCAAGAUGCGGGAGCUACUUGCCGCAUUUGAGCAAAAUGAGGUCAUGAAAGACACAUUCAUCUACCCAGGCGCCGAGCAUGAUCCACUUCGUGCAGCACUAAAGUUCUCCAACCCCGACCGGAGCCGGGAUGCAUCGAAAAUCCACUACGGAACCAUUGCUUCAGGUAACAAGCUGAUCACAAUCGCUCAAGAGCGAAACGACAUCGUCACGUGGCUGCGUGAGAACAACAUCGAUCCGCUCUGCUUUGAAACGGUGGCUGGCGGGCUCAUGAAUAGUUUUCCGUGUGUCGUAAUUCGCGGCAUUUGUGACUACGCAGACGAGAGGAAGAACGAUAUCUGGCAGCACUACGCGGCUGCGACAGCAGCGGCUUUCGCCAAAGAGUUGCUAAAUUAUCUUGACGUAGACGAGAUAUACGGCGAGGGUAUACUCGCCAAGAGGCCAAGGGAGCUAAAAUCAGAUAUGCAAGACGUCAAGACCAAGACUUCCCGGCUUGUGGACAGUGCCGCUGAAAACGAGAUGAGAGAACUGCAGACCUGGUUAUGCCCCACCGACUACACUCCACGAUUGCACCAGCACCAGAGGAAUUAUCAAGCCGGCACUGUGUCAUGGUCCUUCGAAGAUGAACAAUACAACAGCUGGGCCCAGCGUGGGAAGGGCUCUAAUCUACUUGGCGGGAGUCAUCCAGGGGACCGGCAAAUUCACACUGGCUCCACAUUUGAUCGAGGCGCUACAACACAGUCCCGCAGACGACAGUCCAACCCCGACCUUGGUCCUUGA